GCAACGGGUGAUGUCAGGGUUUUGAAAAGGGUGAUUAAACAUGAUAAAAGGCGUGGAAGAACGGCUUUUCCGUCCAAUUUCCCAUAUGUUUCACCCCCCCUCCCGUCUCUCUCCCCCCGCCGCCGUCUCCGGCCAGAUUGUACCGAUUGCCGCCAGGCCGUCUGCUCUCAGCCGCCGCCGUGAUUAUUUCGUCUCAGCCUUCAAAGAAAUUCCUCCUGUGAAUGGAACGAAAACUUUACGGAUGAUAUCCCAUGAUUUUUUCACAAAAUGGGGGUUCUUCAGAUUUGACCGGAAUGAACCAAACCCGCUCUUAGUCAAUGCCACCUCAUAAAUCAGUUAGUUUUUAAAUGUGGGUUAACAGCAAGGACCAAAAUCAACUGAUUGAACCAUUUCAAAGUACAACUGAGAGUACAAGGACCAACAGAGGGUAAAACUUGGUUUGAACUUUGAAGGAGCACAACAUAGAAUAAGAGUCUUGAUAAGAGUUGCUUGGGUCUGUUGAGAAAAGCCUAUUGUAGCUCCCUUAACUUGCUCCUUCACAGGGAGCCUGGCUCGUGAGGUCAUUUCUUCACUCUCUGAUGCUCUCUCCACUCCUGCCUGCAGCAAAUCAAGGAUUUCUCCCUGUCUUUCGGUCUGCUACAUGGAUCCAGAGGCUGCACGAACCGCUCGAGAAUCACUAGACCUUGCAUUUCAUAUGUCUAACAUACUCAAUACUGGAAUCGAUCGCCAUACCCUCUCCAUCCUCAUUGCUCUUUGUGACAUGGGGGUGAACCCUGAAGCACUAGCUGCGGUUGUCAAGGAACUACGUCGAGAGCCGCCCUCUGGGGAGACCAUCAUCUCUGAUAUUCCGCCAUCAGUCACCCGAACAAAUUAGCAGGUUCGUUCAUCUACUGAUGGUUUCUGAAGUUCAAAUGUUUUUUAAAACCAGUUUUCUGUAUACAAUUCACUUUGGAUUUGAGCAUAACAGCAUGCGAGGUAAAGAUUCAAAUUCAUGAUCUUUUGAUCGAGAAUAUAUAUUGUAGUUAGGGUUGGCAGAUGUGACUCGGUGUUUUGAGUGUUUACUGUUCUGUUCUGUUCAGUAUAUGCAAUUAUCACAUUGUUUUGCAUAUUAGCUAA